AUGUCCUAUGACAACACUGAAUACAGAGUUGAAGCGUUAGUUAUCAAGGAAACAGAUUUUGAUGCAGUUACUACUUCCCAGAAUCUUGAUCCUAAAGAAGCUGAAAAUUUUAAGUUUGACCAAGAGCGCUCUAUCUCAGAUACUAUGACACUUAAAUGUUUUUAUAUGCGAAAUAUUUAUGACACUUUAUCACCUCCUGAUCUCAUUAAAGUGGUUAUAAAUAAUCUUAUACAGAACAAUGUUACUAGUAGACAGACUUUAGCUCAGAGCCUUCAGAGCCUUAUAAAAUUAAGUAUACAGUAUUCUGAUCCAAG